CAGUUCGCACGCUGUACUUUUAACCAGCGUCGCUGACUGUUUACUUCAUGGUCCAGACUUGUGAAGUGAAAUAAUAUGUAGUGAUACGGAGUGUUGAUGUUUGUUAAACUCGCUCAGUUGCAUUGUAAUUAUUUGUUUUGAGCAAUAAUGGGGCGUGCGCAGAGUUGCAUCGUUGCCUCCCUCACUGUGUAUUUAGUUUAUGUUUACAUUUACCGUUCUCAUAAGCUGUUAAAAACAAAUGUACUCAGCAACGAGAGACUUCCAAGUUUAGUGUAUCUUUACAUCAAAUAUUUGGCCAAAGCUGCGACUCGGAGGACGGGCUACUUGUACACAGCAACUACAAAGAAGUGUGAAGUUGUUUACACGGUCCUGAACUGCAGGCUGGAGAUUCAACUGUUGAGGAGGUUCUGCAGUGCUGCAGGUUAUGGUUGGGAUUAUCCAGACAGUGAAUACAGAGACAUCCCACUAUGCUUCCCAGAGUUCCUCUGUGGCAGACUGCUGCUUAUGGUGCUAACUGAUGAAAAGUUAAGGCUCAGCCCAGCAGGUUUGGUUUGUGUGCGUCAGAGUUUGAAAACCCUUCAGCCAGUUGAUGAACUGAAGAAGGGUCCGUUCACGCUGCAGGUUCGAGUCCUGGAGUACCGGCAAAUUGAUGCAGAGGUGGAGGUGGACAUCUGUUUGUCUGCCACUUCUCGUUCUGGAUGCCCAGUGUGGGAGAGCGUCCUGACACUGCUCUCCAAAAACAAGCUCCACAAAGCCGGCAGAUGCUCCCCCAAGAAUGAAAACGAGACCCAACCAGAUGAGCCUGUGCCAGAAAAUAGGAAGCAGGUAGAGCUCAGAGUUCCCAGGACUACCGGCCUGCAGUGUUUAUGGUCCUUCUCUGACUACUUCCCCUGCCGGCUACUUUCUCUACCAGCCAGGCUCUUUGGCUACAGGUCGCAGACCGCACCAAGUCUCUGGAUGCUCUCUGUCUGCUUGGCUGAAAUAGAAAAGCACAAAGGGGUUGGAGUCAUCACAGCUCCUAUCAAUGUCACAGCCCAGUUUAAGGAGCCUCUGUUGGUACCAGGCAAAGUGGCGAUCGAGUUUUGGGAGACAACCAAAAACGGGGCUCAGUCUUCUGCCCAAGGCCUCAGCUUCCACAUGCAGCAACAUGGAAGCAGCAUAUCUCAUAUGACUGGAUUGAUUUCUAGGUGAUUGAUUAACAUAGAAGGCUGAUAUUUGUAGUUUUGUCAAAACAAAAUAAAAUGCUGGUUUUGUACUUA